GCCAUGUCCCGCUGUCCGACAAAAGCUUAUGCGUUGAGCUUCUCGGUCUACUGGCCGUGUGAAUACCACAACAGUAUAAAAGCCUGGUCAAUCUGCACCUAGUCACACAGAGUAAAGUUAGCAGUCUGAAAGAACCAUGCGGUCUAUGUUGUUUUUCUGUAUGGCGGUAGCGUGCUUUGGGGCGCUCGACGCAAGAGCAAGGACGGUGCGCCGAGAUUUAACACUCGAAGCCGAUGAGGAAGAGUUCAUCAACGAAUUUGAUUCGUUCUUGGACGAUUCGGAAGGUGUAGCUUCUCAAAACUACUGGCCAAACGACGCCAAGCCGUUAGAAGAAUUUGGUUUAAUGCAGAAGUCGUUCAUCUCUGACAUGGUCCUACAAACAUGCAUAGUUUCGGGCGUGUUCCUUCGCAAGGGGGAGACAACUCCGCCAACAGACACGAAAAGGGAGAGGCUUGUGACCCGGCUGUUGGAACUGUUGAGGAGCAAGAGGUCACCAAAUAACCCUUCCGGAAGUAUGGACUGGGAAAACGACCCCUUCGUUCUGCUGGAGGAUGCUGAAGCUCAGUACCGUAACCUCUGCAUCUCCCUGUUCGAGCUGAGGAGACUGAACAGGAAACUAGCGGGAGAAGCGAUAAAAACUACUACUCCUGUGGCUUAGGGGCACAUCUAACAACAGAAACCUCGAAAUACAACGCAUACUUGUAAAUUGUAACACAGAUGCUGUUCAAUGCAUCUUUAAUAUAGAAAAUGUAAUGAAUAUUAUAUAUUUAUAAGCUGUAAACAAAAAUAAGUUGAAAAAUAAAUGUUUUCAUUGUU